GGAUGUUAUUGAAGGAGGGGAAUGAAGCCAGGAUCCCGGAGCCGGGCCUGAGGAGUCAGGGUGUCCCCCCGCACAGCGGAGAACACACACACACACUGCCGGCAGCACAGGUAGAUUCCGGGGGACGGGCCGAGGGAAGGCGUGGGCUAAGAGGCUUCGGAAAGAAGGUUCGGGCCUAGAGCUGGAGGUGAAUAAGAGAGAACAGUAAGAAAAUGCUAAACUCUGACAUAGAAGUGGUGGAGGAUUGGCUCUCCCAGUUCAAGACAUUGCCUGAAUCUCAGAUAUCCUCUUAUGCAGCAACCCUUCAGCAGAAGACUGAUAUUGUGCCGGCUCUCUACAAGGUCAUCCAGGAUCCUAACAAUGAGUUACUGGAGCCUGUCUGUCACCAGCUGUUUGAGUUGUACCGAAGCUCAGAGGUGAGGUUGAAGAGAUUCACGCUGCAGUUUCUGCCUGAAUUGAUCUGGGGAUAUCUGUGCAUCACGGCAAGCAGAGAGAGACAGACCAAUGGCUGCAUUGAAGCUCUGCUUCUGGGGAUCUACAAUCUGGAGAUAGUCGAUAGAGAUGGAAACAACAGAGUGUUGUCGUUCACAAUCCCAUCACUGUCCAAGCCAUCAGUUUAUCAUGAGCCAUCGAGUAUUGGUUCCAUGGCCCUGACAGAAGGCGCACUGAGCCAGCACGAUCUAAUCCGGGUGGUGUACAGUGACCUACACCCUCAGCGGGAGAACUUCACAGCUCAGAACAGGUUUGAAGUGCUGAGUUUCCUCAUGUUGUGCUACAACUCUGCAGUUGUCUCCAUGCCCAACUCCUCCUACCGCUCCCUGUGUAAUGUGUGCUCGAGAUUAUGUAUUACUGGGUUCCCACGACAACGGCAGAAGGUGUGGAGUGAGACAUGUGGCCGGGUCAUGCUGGACCCAGAGUUUAUGGUGCAGCUGUUGACAGGCGUCUAUCAUACAAUCUACAAUGGAGAGUGGGAACUGGGCCAAGAAGCACUAGAGGACCUCCUAUAUCGUGCACAGUUAGAGCUGUAUUCUCAGCCACUGCUGGUUGCUAAUGCGAUGAAGAGCUCAUUGCCCUUUGAUGCUCCUGACGUUUCCAAGGUGGGUAGGAAGUGUCUGCAGGUGGAGGUGACACCAACAGUACCCAGGAUAUCUCGCACUGCCAUCACCACAGCCUCUAUACGAAGGCAUCGCUGGAAGAGAGAGGAUCGACACGGUGUCGCGGGGGGAGAGGACCCCAUGCAGCUGACUGACGCCGAUGAGGGAUUCUCAUCGGGGGCCUCUAGCACCAGCCAGCCCAGCGGCUCCAAGAGCAGCAGCCUGAAGAAAGGCGUUCGGGAUCCGGCGCUGCUGCUGCCGCCGCCACCAAGGGCUGAGGGAGCUGCCGAGUGUGGCCGGGAACCCGGCAGCAGGAAGCUGUGCCCAACUCGCUCCGCCGCCGACACCAUGGAGCUCAGCCUGGCCAAGAGACACCUGCCGCCGGCUGCUACUGCCGCUGGGCGAGUGCGGACCGCCAGCACCUCCUCCGCCAGGUCCUUCGAGCGGGCGAACGGCAGCCAGGCGCUGGACGGCAGCUCCAACCUGGUGCACGGUAACUCCAACCGCUUCUCCACCAUCAGCCUGCAGGAGGAGAGGCUGGGCCGGCCCGCCGACGCCAAAGAGCUGCUCUCCCCGGGUGCUCCCCUCACCAAACAGUCCCGGUCGCCCAGCUUCAACAUGCAGCUCAUUUCCCAGGUGUAGGAGGCUGCUGACCUGCCUCCUCCCUUCCCUCCUUCUUUCCUUCCUUCCCUCCCCUCCCUCCCUCCUUCCUUCCCUCCCCUCCCCUCCCUCCCUCCUUCCUUCCCUCCCCUCCCCUCC